UACAAUUCUGAGGCUCGAUUAGUAUCUUCUCCAUUAUUUAUCGGUAAAUUUUUAACAGCACUUAAAUUUAGUAAGUGCAAAAUUAACCAAGAACUCGUUAUGGAGAAUGGAAGUUGUGCAGAGUGUAGAGAUGCAAGAUUAUAAGAUUUCUAAUGCUAACUGGAAUACUAUAAUCAAGUCAGAAUGCAUAAUAUUAUAUAUUUAAUAAAGAUAGAAGUGCAUUAGAUGAUUAUUAAUCAAUUAUUUGGAAGAACAAGACAACAAUCAUGUCAUUUUGUGUGCGACUUGCGCGCAGCAAACCCAUACGUUUGUUAGGAGGUAUUGCAAUGAAAUGUUGGGCUUUCUCUGGGACUUACAUACUUGCCUGUUUUCUUUUAUAUUGGUUGUACGGUGGAAUCUCUGCCUUCUUUCUCCUUUGUUUCGCUACUACAGGUAUAUUAUAUCACAGAGAAGAUCAACUUGUAUAUCGUCCAGAAUGGCCAGCUAAUUCCAGGGUAUAUGUUCCUGCACCUUCGAUAUUUAAUUUACCUUAUCAAAGUAUAUAUACUAGAUCAAAAGAUGGUACAAUGUUACACAUGUUCUUUAUUUCUCAACCAGAAGAUAAAGCAAAAAAGGUGCCUACUAUAUUAUUUCUUCAUGGCAAUGCCGGUAAUAUGGGACAUAGACUUCAAAAUGCAGUUGGAUUGUAUCACAAUAUUCAAUGUAAUAUUUUGAUGCUAGAGUAUAGAGGGUAUGGAUUAUCACAAGGUUCACCAUCCGAGGAGGGUUUAUACAUGGAUGCUUGUGCUGGAAUUGAUUAUUUGUCCAGUAGAACUGAUAUAAAUACAAGUGAAAUAAUUGUGUUUGGUAGAUCAUUAGGCGGAGCGGUAGCAAUCAAUUUAGCUACAAAGCCGGAAAAUUUUCAAAGAAUUUGGUGCCUUAUUGUCGAAAAUACUUUUACCAGUAUUCCUGAUAUGGCUGCAUACCUUUUUGGAUCAAGAUUUUUACAAUAUCUACCACUCUUCCUGUAUAAAAAUAAGUAUUUAUCGAUUCACAAAGUGCGAUCAGUAACGGUACCUACGUUAUUCAUUUCUGGUUUGGCGGAUACAUUGGUGCCACCGCGUAUGAUGCAAGAACUUCAUAAGAAUUGCAGAAGUUCGUGUAAAAAUAUACUUUCUAUUUCGGGAGGUACUCAUAAUGAAACAUGGUGUCAGCCAGGAUAUUAUCAAAAUAUAUGUAACUUCUUAAGUGAGUUAAGAGAGAAUCCUGUUCAAGUGACAUCCAGUCAUUGGCAAAUAGAUGACAUAUAAUUAGAAAUACAAAGUUCAUUUUGCGUCCAAAGCGGUAACUAUAUUUUAAAUGAUCCAUUACUAAGGUCAGUAUAUUCUAAUAGAUAACAAAUUUAAUUUAGCGUACACGAAUAUAUUAAAAGUUUCAAUUGUGAUCAUUAUUUUCAAUGAAAACAUAAUUUAGCUCAUAACUAACGGGGAUCAAUAUUCUAUCGAAAUAAUUAGAGCGAUAUUGAACAAAAUGUAAUGCUUCGAAUCAUCAAAUUAUUAUAUUACUCGAAUUUAGCAAAAUAUUUAUUUGAAACAAAACGUGUGAAUAAUGAAAUAACUAAGUCCUUCCAAUGUUAAAAGUAUCUCGUUAACGUCGUCAGUGGAUAAGAAACAUUUAGAUAGUUUUAACCUCACUGUUUUCAUCGAAAGUGGGCUGUUUUUAUAUUUUAAAAUAUGUUGUGUACAGGGUAUUUCCGAUGUAAUGGCACAACCAAAAGGGAUGAAUCUACACAAAAAA